AUGCUAGCCCGCCGCGGUGUAAUAGCCGACCAGCUCUCCGAUUCCCAGGUCCAAGGCGACACCCCGCAAUCCGCAGAACGACGACCCGAGCCCCAAACCACCAUCGAACCCAGCGGCACCCUAACCCCCUCCGGCUCCGAAUCCGCGUCGGCAACCUCAUCCUCCCCACACGAUAACAAAGCCGCCCCCAGACAAGCCCAAGGAAAACACCACAACCACCACAACCACCACCAAUGGGAUAACUUACCGGGAAUCACCUCAGAGGCCGAGGUUUUGCGGCAGAUGCGGGAACAGGGCCAGGAGCAGCAGCAGAGCGGUAACAACAGGCGGCCAAAACACGAAGCGACGCUUGAAGGGCAGGUUGGGAGUACCUCACGACAAGGGGAAACCACAGGGAAGAAGCAAAGGGAGAUCAGUCGGGGACGAGAGGGUAGUGCAGGGGAAAGUCACGCGGCCAAUGUAGGAAGCUGGAGUCAUUCAAGGGAAAGGAGGAGGAGUUCUUCUGCCUCAUCGUCGGUGGGAGCAGGAGCAGGAGCAGGAGGAGGGGGAGGAGGAGCGACAAAGGGUUAUGAUCCGAAUGAUUACGACCGAGGAGCGUAUGUGGAGACUAGUAGGGUUGGGUUGGAGUAA